AUGGCUCAAGUGGACAAAAACUACACACGAGUGUCAGAGUUGUUUAUUGUUGGCUUUCCAAGUCUUCAGCCAGAGUAUUUUCAUAUAGUGGCCUGGUUCUUUUUUGUACUCUAUGUGACCACAUUGGUCGGCAACCUGGUGCUGGUGGUUGUGUUUGCUUUGGAGAACAGUCUCCACAAACCCAUGUACAUCAUCAUGGUCAGCCUGGCUCUCUCAGACAUAGGCUUUACCACUGUGGCUUUACCUAAAAUUAUUGCUCGUUAUUGGUGGAAUGAUGGGAGCAUUGGCCUUCACACAUGCUUCUUUCAGAGACACAUGAUCCAUUAUUUUGGCAGCUUGAACUCCCUGAUUUUAUUGACCAUGGCUGUGGAUCGAUAUCUGGCCAUCUGUUUUCCUCUCAGAUACCCCAUGUUGAUGACAAUCCAAACCAUGACAGGCCUGACUAUCUCCUGCUGGGCUGUGGCACACAUCUUUCCUGGAAUCAGCACCAUCAGCUUUAUUUUUGUGCCAUUCUGUGGCCCCAACCAAAUCAUAAAUAUCUUUUGUGAUACCACUUCUGUUAAAUCACUGGCUUGUGCAGACAUUAGCCGUCUAAGCAAUGCCGCCUAUGGUACAGCAAUGUUUAUCCUAUAUGUUCCUUUAGGGAUAAUCAUCUUCACUUACUUUUGCAUCAUCAUCUCUGUCUUGCAAAUGGCCAGCAUACAGGGCAAAAAGAAGACCUUUUCCACCUGUGCUACUCAGGGUGUCAUCAUUUCUAUCUACUACCUACCACGCUUUUUUGUCUACUCUGCGCCAUACUUUCCUAACCUAACGAUGACCGCUGACAAGCAAAUGGCCACAAUCCUUUUCUACAGUUUCUUCCCCCCUCUCAUCAAUCCAUUUGUCUACUGUCUGAGAAAUAAAGAGAUCAAGGAAAUGUUCAGACGCUGGUACCAAAGACAAAAGGGCAUUACACCCACAAUGCCUGGCCACAUUGUUGCUGUUACAGAAAACACACUGAAAAGUGUUCAGUGAUCAUAUAUUGGGGUUAGUAAGUAUUUGCGUAACAAUUUUUUUAAACAUAAUUUACAGAAAAGAAAAGUUAAAUAGAUUUAUCUGAAAUGCAGGACCAUCUUUUGGGUGCUUAUUCUACAUGUACUAUAUCUUGCUUUUAAAAUAUGAAGG